AUGACGUCAAUAGGCACGGGCUAUGACCUGUCCAACUCUGUCUUCUCCCCCGAUGGCCGGAACUUCCAAGUCGAAUAUGCGGUGAAGGCGGUGGAGAACGGAGGCACAGCCAUCGGAAUACGGUGCAAGGACGGUGUUGUGCUGGCUCUAGAAAAGCUCAUCACUAGCAAACUGCUCAAGCCUGGGGCGAACAAGCGAAUAGUGACGGUGGACCGGAAUGUGGGCAUUGUGUCUUCGGGUCUUCUUCCGGACGGCCGCCACUUCGUAUCACGCGCCCGCGACGAGGCCGCCUCAUGGCGUAACCUCUAUAAGGCACCCAUCCCCACAUCCUCCCUCGCCGACCGCAUGGGAAGCUACGUCCAGGCGUAUACCCUCUACUCCAGCGUACGACCCUUCGGUGUGACAGCCAUCAUAGCGGGUUGGGACUCUGAGGCCGAGCUCCCGGUGGACGGCCAGGUUGGUUCGGGGCCAAAGGCCGGCUCUGGAGGCAAGAAGGACGGCGCGACACAUGGCGGCCCGCAUCUAUACAUGAUCGAGCCGAGCGGCCUGUACUGGGGCUACUACGGUGCGGCUACAGGCAAAGGCCGACAAAUUGCCAAGUCAGAGCUGGAGAAGCUGAACCUUUCGGAAGGCGAGCUAUCGCUCGAAGAUGGCGUGAAGGAGGCCGCCCGUAUCAUCCAUAUCGCACACGAUGACAACAAAGACAAGGAGUUCGAGCUAGAGAUGACCUGGAUCAGCUCCCUAGACGGACCAACCAAGGGCAGGCACGAGGAGGUGCCAAAGGAGCUGCGGGAGGAGGCAGAGAAGCUGGCGAAGAAGGCGCUGGAGGGCGAUGAUGAGGACGAGGAGGAGGAAAAGAUGCAGGAGUAA